CGUAAUACGCUGCACUGCAACAUCCCUUACCCAUACUCCCCACGCACACGCCAUGUUCAUCAUCAACUGGUUCUGGGACGUCCUCGCCUCUCUCGGUCUUAUGAACAAGAGCGCAAAGCUCUUGUUCCUUGGUCUCGAUAAUGCGGGAAAGACUACCCUUCUUCACAUGCUCAAGAACGACCGUCUCGCUACCCUUCAACCCACUCUUCACCCUACCUCUGAAGAACUCGCCAUCGGCAACGUCAAGUUCACUACUUAUGAUCUCGGUGGUCACAUUCAAGCUCGACGAUUGUGGAGAGAUUACUUCCCAGAGGUUGACGGGAUUGUGUUUUUGGUAGACAGCGCCGACGCCGAGAGGUUCGCUGAAAGCAAGGCCGAGUUGGACUCUUUGUUGUCCAUUGAAUCCCUCGCUCAGGUUCCCUUCCUCAUUCUCGGUAACAAGAUUGACGCCUACGGUGCUGUCUCAGAGGAGCAGCUCAGACACGAGCUCGGCCUUUACCAGACUACCGGCAAGGGCAAGAUUCCUCUCCGUGAUAUCCGACCUAUUGAAGUAUUCAUGUGCUCCGUCGUCAUGCGACAGGGCUAUGGCGAAGGUUUCCGAUGGCUCAGUCAAUAUAUCUAAAUAAUUGCUGAGCAAUUGUAAGCUAAAUGUGGAACGGGAGUGCUGGGAUGGAGCAAGAAAGUGGUGACAAGGCAGUCAAAGGAGGAAGUGGCUGUAGAUGAGGGCAUAGAAGUUGGCGAGUUUGUCAUGACCUUUUUUGACCUUUUUUUUCACGAUCCAGAGACAUGCAGAGAUAUAAUCUAAUUCUA